AUGGCUGCACCGAAGGAGAAUUUAAUGUCUCUUGGAAAUCUGACCGGCGCUGACAGAAACACUUUCACACAACAAAGACAGCACAGUCUAAAACACAGUCUUCACGGGCCAAUGCUGGUGCGAGCUGACUUUUCAACUCCUCAGAGUCGCCAGCAUCUCAGAGAGAUGCAUCUGAGGAGGCGCUGGCAGGAGCUGACGGAGAGAGAGCGUUCAGCCCAGCAACACAACAGGCAGCUUCUGCAGCAGUUUGACACAGCACAGGACGCACUGAGAGAGUUGAUGGCCCGCAACGCUGCCAUGAAGACUGUCCGGAUAGAGUAUGAGAAGUACCUGGAGGAGAGCGCCCCCCAAUGGCAGCAGCACCUCAAGGAGAAAACUGCUCAGAGGAAGAGAACAACAAACAAAACAGCUGCUCAGACAACAACCAGGAAGUCUCCUCUCAGCUGCCCUGUCAUUCUUCCUGGCUCACCCAAACUCAACCCCAGUCAGCAAGGUUUCCCACCAACAUUCCCCAUCAACCGCAAGGUUCCUAUCUUGACCUUUCAUCUCAUCUCCCGCCUCCUUCCAUCCUCCCUCACUCCCACCAAUUCCACCACCUCGCCCACUUGCUCGCUCAACAUCCCCUCUGGCCCAGGUGCUACUGGGAUCCCCUCAGCCUUUGAGGAUCUGUGGGGUCAGCUGCACAUGGAUGAACCUCCACACGAGAGGUUGGUGGAGGCUGAGACGAGAAGAGCACCAAGAGAGACGGGUAGUGAGAGCAGGAGCAGUCACUGCUCCCAGGAGCUGGACAUUAAUCCAGUUCGUCUGUCCAGUGGCCAGGCAGAGAGCAGUGAGAGUGGCAGAGACUCCAGUCAGUCGAGCAAAGAGAAGUGGAAGAAGAGGGAGAAGAGAGGAAAAACAAAGCGUACGUCUUCAGACAGAGAAAGCUGCAGCUCUCAGGACUCAUCUCAGACUUCCAGUGCAAUUGUCAUUGCUCGAGUCCCAGUGGUCCAAAGCGAUGCCUCGUGUGGGAACAGCAGGACAAGCGGGGGUCAGACGACCAAGAGGAGGAGUGGGAGACUCGCUGUGGGAUCACCACAGAUCGAGAAGGUGGCGAAUGACAAGACCAAGAGUGAAGGAGAAGACUCUGAGAGUCAGAAAGAGGACAGUCACUCCACUGGAGAGGAGUCAGGAAGUCAGAGUGAGGACUCCAGGAGCAAAGAUGCAGAGAAUCAAAGUCCUGUUGACAAAUCAGACAGAGAGGAGGAAUCGGAGAGUGAGAGUGUGAAGAUUGAAAAUGGAGAUGCAGAAAAAGAAAUUCAGGAGAGCAACAGUGGGGCUGAACAAAACAGUGAGGAAGAGAUGGAUGAGGAAGAAGAGGAGCAUAAGGACGAUCUUGGAGAUGGGGCGGAAAAUAAGAAGAGUCAGGGAGAUGAAGUGAAAGACGUGAGACAUGUGGAUGACGAUGAUGAUGAUGAUGAUGAUGAGGUUUCUGGCAGGAAGAACACAAAAGAGGAAGAGCAGACAGAAGCAGAGGAUGAGUCAGAGGAUCAGGGAGAUGAUGAAGACAGCAUUAAGGAUGAAGAUGGGGAGAAGAGAAAACAGGGUUCUGCCUCCUCUCAGGAUGAAGAGGAGAAUGAAAGAGUCGAAAACAAGGUAUUUGAAGUUGAGGAGGGGUCUGAUGAAGAGCAGGAUGGAGAGGGAGAGGAGGAAGAGGAGCAGAGAAGUGACGAAGCAGGAGAGAAGGAAAGUGAUUCUGAUGACAGUAUCAUCUCACCACAAGAAAACAGACUGAAGAAGAUUAACAUAAUUCAAGAGGAAGCAGCUGAAGAUGAGGAUGAUGAUAAGUCAGGGAGUAAAACAGGAUCCUCAGACAGGGAGGAGUUCAGCGAGGACGAUAUCGAGAAUCUCCUCGCACCUCAACAACAAACUAAGAAAACAGACAAGGACCUGAAAGUUGAUGACAAGGCUAAAGCUACUUGUGACAAUGUGGAGAUUUUUCAAGUGGAGGACAAUUCAAAAAAGACGGACCAACAAAGUGAUUCGGAUGAGAUUGAUGACUUUUACGACUAAAUGUUUUUUAAAUGACUAAAACUGAGAAUCCGUCAAUCCAUUAUCUACACUGCCCAUCAUGGAAGGGUCACAAGGAGGGAGGCUGGAGCCUAUCCCAGCUGAUACUGGGUGAGAGGCGGGCUUCACCCAGAGCCAACAGAUAGCUCCAGGGACAUUCAUGCCUACUGCACGUCUUGGGACUGUGGGAGGAAGCCAGAAUACCUGAAGAAAACCACCUCUGUACCACCGUGCCACCCAUAAACCUGAGAAUGAAGCACAGAAACCUACAGGGGUCAUAAAGA